AUGAAUUCUACUAUUCCAUUUGAUGACUUGAAUAUUUUUGACAAGGCUGCUUACUAUGUGACGUAUUCUUUUUAUCACCCAUCGAAUAUUAUUUUCAAGUGGGUUUCUCCAGAAUACGUUGCAUUUGUAGUUAUGGUUGGUAUUGCGGUAUCGUGCGUCAUCAUCGGGUCAUUUUCAACGCUCAGUAAACCGAAGAACGCUAAGGACCCCAUCACUGACACAGAAAAUCCAAAGUGGCACCCUAGUGAUCGCGAUGGUUCUGUCUAUUUGAGAACUAUGGUUCUGGAUAUUAAGGAAUUGCAGCUCAAGUUGGAUUUGACAACAACGUUGUUGUUUCCAAUUCUCAUGUCUGGAGGAUUAUAUGGAUUGUACUAUGCGAUCAAUAAUUACUCGAGAGAACAAAUUUUGAAGUUUUUCACUUAUUAUAUUAGAUUUUGUUCCUUCCCUGGUGCUUACUAUACUAGUAAUUACAUUUUAACAGUUGGGGGAAGAAACUUGAAAUAUUGGACAGGUAUCUCUUUCUUCGAUCCUGAAAGGUUUAGAUUGACCAUUUCUCAAGAUGAGGUAAAGGACACCUUCCCCUUAGGUGUGUUGGAGUCUAAACUCAAACGCUCUGACUUUAAGACCAAAGAUGAAUAUUUGGAGCAUAAAGAGUUGAGAAAACACUACCAUCAACAUGGAGUCAAGUUUUUGAAGCCCGUCGACGUUAAAUUACGGAAUCAAAAGUUCAAUUUUGUCUUUGAUACGGUAAAGAUUAAUGCCAUUAUUUAUACCAUUGUUUUUGGCAUUGGCUUAUUCAAGCUUGACUAUAGUACGAAUUGGCUCUUCUUGAAUUCUAUUGCAUUCAACUUGACAAUUUAUGGUUUGGUGCAAAUGUCUAACUCCAUUUCUAAUUUUAAAUUGGCAGGUUUAUUGUUGAUUUUGCUUUUCUUUUACGACAUUUAUUUUGUAUUUCAAACUGAUAUCAUGUUAUCUGUCGCUACCAAGUUGGAUGUUCCCAUGAAAUUUGUAAUUCCAAGGAUGCCUUCUUACUACAAGAGCGAGAAUAUUGAAGAUUUAACAAUAUUAGAUAUAUUAAGAGAAAUUGGUUGCGCUUCUAUCCCAGAAACAUUAUUAGGAUUAGGGGAUAUUGUAUUACCUGGAAGCUUUAUUGCUUUAUGCUUAAGAUUUGAUCUUUAUAAAUAUCAUGAAUCCCACCCAAAUACUGCUUUCCACCACUUACAGCUGUUCAAGAAACCAUACUUCAUAAUCUCAUUAGUUGGAUAUAUUCUAGGAUUAGUUACAACUAUUGUUGUUCUAGUACGCUUCAAUCAUGGCCAACCCGCCCUUUUGUACAUUGUACCAAGUGUAUUGUCGAGUGUAGCCAUUGGAGGUUUCCUCAGAGGCGAAUUGCAUGAGCUUUGGAAUUUCAGCGAAGAAAUUCCAGAGUUCAAGAAGAAUGAUGGAACUGAUAGUAAAGAUAAGGAAACGGACAAGGCUUCGACCAUCGACCUUCUUAUUUCGGGAGAAUUGAUAGAUGAGGAUGAAGGCGAUUUGACUUUUGAUGAAGAUGGAGAAAUCAGUGAAGAUGAGAUAGAUCAUGAGUUUGAGUUUUUUCAAGAAGAUGAAGAAGAAGUAGAGGGUAAAAGUGCAUUGCGAGAAUUAGAGCCAGAGGAAGAAGAAGGAGAAGAAGAAGAUGACGGCCAUCAGACAGAUUUAGAUGCAUUCGCUACUAGAGUGUACCUGGUAGAUUCGGAUUCCGACGAUGACACAUUUCUCAUUGAUUCGGAAAGCGAUCAUCUGUAUAAUGAUAUUGAUAUUUCGCCAAACGAAAUUGAGGUUUUGAGAGACGAAAUUGAGAUCUUGAGAAAUGACAGAAAGUACGAGCCAAGGGUACUUUAUGGGGACUAUUAUUAG